UUCCCUGCCGCGCCCCGAGCCCGCUGCCGCCGCGGGGCGGGAGGCGGCCAUGUCGCUAUUGUCUGCGCUGGUGCCCUUGCUCCGGGUGUACUGCAUCGGCCUCCGCGUCAUCCUGCACCAGCUGCGCCGCCGCUUCCAGCCGCGCUGCGCCCCGGCCUCAGUUUUCCCUACACAAAAUGGAAAGGUUGCUAUAGUGACUGGAGGCACUAAAGGAAUUGGUUACCAAACUGUGAAGCAUUUGGCAAGACUUGGCAUGCAUGUGAUAAUAGCUGGAAACAGUGAAAGUGAUGGCCAAGAAGCAGUGAGGAAAAUAAAUGAAGAAACUUUGACUGGAAAAGUGGAGUUUUUAUACUGUGAUUUGGCUUCCAUGAAGUCUAUACGGCAAUUUGUGCGGCAGUUUAGAGCAAAGAAUUGUCCACUCCAUGUCCUGGUGAAUAAUGCUGGGGUGAUGCUGGUCCCUGAAAGGAAGACAGAGGAUGGGUUUGAGGAGCACUUCGGCUUGAACUACUUGGGACACUUCCUGUUGACUAACCUCCUCUUGGAUACGCUGAAGCAAUCAGGAACGCACAGUCACAACGCUAGGAUCAUCACUGUCUCAUCAGCCACCCAUUAUGUAGGCAAAUUGCACCUAAACGACUUACAAAGCAGAUGUUCGUAUUCACCCCAUGGAGCCUAUGCCCAAAGCAAACUUGCCCUUGUGUUAUUUACCUAUCGACUACAGCAUCUUCUGACUGCAAAUGGAAGCCAUGUGACUGCUAAUGUCGUAGACCCUGGAGUAGUGAAUACUGAGCUCUACAAGCAUGUCUUUUGGGUUGUGAAAGUGGUCAAAUGGAUGACAGCCUGGCUAUUUUUCAAGACCCCAGAGGAAGGAGCCUCUACAACCAUCUAUGCAGCAGUAUCACCUGAGGUCGAAGGAGCUGGUGGCUGCUACCUUUACAAUGAGGAAAGGACAAAGUCGGCUGACCUAGCAUAUGAUGAGGAGCUGCAGAGAAGGCUCUGGACAGAAAGCUGCAAGAUGGUUGGGAUUUCUGAUGAAGCCAGCAGGCUUCCCUAGAAGAAGCCACUUUCAGCUGGGUAAAUGAAAUGCAUUGAAAAGCAUCUUAGGUGAAUUCUUGCAGCAUGAGUCAUCAUCCUGGAAAUCACUGUUCAGUUCCAAAGGCAAAUGUGAACAGCUCUGUUCUUCACUUGAAUCCCUAAUCUGCUAGGGUGUAGGGGAAAUAUUCCCACAGAAAGAUGUAGUGGUUGGUUUUAAAUCUAACCAUCAGUUUUGUAAAUCAUUCUGUUUCAGUCCGUGAUUAAAAUACAAUCUUUAAACAUG